AUGUCAAACGCCGCUCAAGAAGAAUUCAACGAGCUCGUCAGAGACAAAGACCGCUCUACUCGGCACCCCGAAGACGCUGACGACUCUGACCUGGACUCCGGACACGAAUCCCCUCUCGAGCAAUUCUUUGAGAAGGGCGACUACUCGGACGACGAGGACGACUACCACCACGACGACGACACCGUCGACUACGACACAAUGCGUUCCCGCUACACCGUUCCCCAAGUGCGUUCCGACGCCAACACCGGCCCCAAGGGUGUCAUCGCCGAUGCCCAGGCCUUCGAGCAAGCCAAGAAAUCCCAGCGCUUCUCGCUGUUCCGCAGCAGCGACGAGAAGAAGGGGAACGUCGUGAGGAAGAACCGCGCCGACACCACCUUCAGCGAGAAGAGCGCUGCCAGCAGCAGCGAGGACGAGUUCCUGGCAAGGUGGAGGGAGAACAGGCUGCGCGAGCUUCAGAGCCAGCCUAAGGGCCAGCGUGCCCUGUCCCGCUCGAGGUCGCGGACUGGCAGCCCGGGCUCCAGGGCGUACGGCCGCCUCGUGGCCGUCGACGCAGACGGCUACCUUGAGGCCAUUGAGAAGACGCAGUCGGCCACCACUGUGGUGGUCUUCAUCUACGACGAUCAGUCUGAGAUCAGCUCCAUGGUCGAAGAAGCGUUGCGCACUCUAGCCCGGAGACACGGCAUGGUCAAGUUCAUCAAAUUCCACUACGAGGACGCCGAGAUGCAUGUCGCCGGCGUGCCCGCAAUUCUCGCGUACCGUGGCGGUGAGAAGUUCGCUGGCCUGGUGCCGGUCAUGGACGAGAUUCCAGACGACGCGGAGUUGAGUGACGUCAGUCUGGAGUACGCAUUACAGAGGCACCAAAUCCUCUUCUAA